AUGACUUGUGCAGAUAAGAUGGACGAAGUUUAUGCAUUGUUGGAACAACUGCGUGUUAGUGAAAUUGGUGGUGUGAGUGUAGAAGAAGGAUGUGUACUCUGGGAUAGAUUUGUGUUUUUAAUUUAUCGUAUUUUUUUGGAGUCAUCAUCUUUUGCGGCUGUUGGUUAUAACGCUUUUCCGAAUGUUCCCACCAUUGUGGAUCAUGAAUCUAAAAAGGAUUUCUUAACCUAUAUGAAUGCAUUAGUUGCCGAUAUGAAUACGGUCUCGUCUCAGUUACGUGAUUUGGAAAGUGCGAUGUGUGCUGUGAAAUCUUAUUUAUCAAAUGAUGAACUUCUCCAAUGUGAGGCAGAGUUCAAAAAGGAGCAAUCCACUCUCUCGGAUGCCUUGCUGCGUAUUUCCAGUAUGCGUACUCGACUGAUGGACCUGCAGUGUAUAGAUAGACACCAUUCCUCUCAUUCCGCUGGUGUUGUUGUUCCUUCUUCUUCUUCUUCUUCUUCUUUACAAAGGCGACGAGAGGAGACAACACGUGUCUUUCUGGACACCAUGCGGUUUUGUGAUGCGGCGCGGGAGGCACUGCGAGAGUCUUCACGCACAUCUCCUCUCACUGUUGAGAUGUCAACAUCAACAUUAUCAUCUCCACAACUCAUACGACUGACGCGGGAAGUGGCGGAGCUGCGGGCCAUGCGGGCAAAAACCCUCGCGGAGCUUCACCACUGGCAGACCCCCGCAGCCACAUCCCACAAGGAACAAUGGAAAGAAAAAGAAGAAAAAGAUGAAAAAGAAGAAAAAGAAGAAAAGGAAGAGUUGGAGGAAUUGCGGCGGGCGAAUGCGUCGCUGCGGGCGGAGUUUCACGCCGGUUGUGCGGCACUGCGGGAACAGCGGGGGGAUGUGAAGAUCCAACACUCUCUCUUGCAGUCCAUACAAUCACCAUCACUGCAAUCCUCAUCAUCCUCAUCACUGCAAUCAUUGCAAUCGCGAUGGGCAUUCGCCACCGCCCGACGUGAUCGACUGCGGCGAGAAGUGGCGCAACUCACAAGGGCAUGUGAAGUGGAGCGAGCAGAACACCAAACACUCAUUCACUCCUCCUCUAAUUCUAAUUCUAAUUCUUAUUCUAGUUCCCCUACACACGCCCAUUCCUUUACAAGAGAUAGUUCUCAUGGAAGGGAAUGGGUGGAGCAGAUUGCUGUUGAGGAUCUCGCGUGGGAGGCACGGGCACAGGCGAGUAUUGCCAACACCCUGCGAGCACAGCUCCACACUCACACCGCAUCCACCGGCAGUAUGUAG